AUGGCCCAAAGCCUCUGAGCUGAGCAUGGCAGCUACAGUACAAUCUGGUGUGGAUUAGGGAUUUCAUUGUUGUCGGGAGUGUCGAGAGUGAGUGAGGUAGCCUACUUGUGCUCUGGACAAGCUUACAUUCCAAGCGAGUGCCUGUGCAAUGCCGCGCAAGACUGCGCAUAUGGGCUACGGCGUCUGACAUGUCUGUGUAACCUGUGGUGUUAACGCACUUGAAGGCACAACUGGAAAAACUAACUAGUGUGGGCAACGACUCAUCGAACGCACCCAGAUUGAAGGACCAUGGAUAGUUAUUGUUCUUGCUGUCUCUACGACUGAAAUACCAUUCGAUAUACAGCUUUAACUAAGUGGUAUUAUCAUUUGUGAAUACCAGUUCCAUGAAGCACGCAGCCGCCUCUUCAUGACAGGUGCAAGAUGUCUCGCAUUGUGAUCAUCUGUGUUUUUACUGGGAGAGACGGGGGCUGGUGAAAGAGAGAGGCUGAGGAUUAGAAGGAAAACUUCUUUGGGGCAGAUCUGACUCCUGAACUCUAACCUCAAACGCAACGCCCCCAGCUAAUGCUGGUCUCCUCAGACCUUACCAGCAUGAGUGUUUGCGGCAGGAAGGCCCUGACAUUGAUGAGCAGUAUUUUUGCGAUGAGUGGGCUUGGGCUUCUGGGAGUUGCAGUCUCUACGGACUACUGGCUGUACAUGGAGGAAGGGGUCAUCUUGCCCCAAAACCAGAGCACUGACAUACGGACCUCCCUGCACUCUGGACUCUGGAGAGUCUGCUUCUUGGCAGGUGAAGAAGCAGGUAGCUGUUUCACCAUAGAAUAUGUCAUGCCCAUGAACGUGCAACUGAGCUCCGAGUCCACAGUCAGUGUCCUCAAGAUGAUUCGCUCAGCUACUCCUUUCCCUAUGGUCAGUCUUUUCUUCAUGUUCAUUGGCUUUGUGCUGAACAACAUUGGGCACGUGCGACCUCAACGCACCAUCUUAGCCUUUGUCUCUGGAAUUUUCUUUAUCCUCUCAGGCCUGGCUCUAGUGGUAGGUCUGGUGUUGUAUAUCUCCAGUAUUAAUGAUGAGAUGUUGAACCGGACAAAGAGCAGUGGGUCCCACUUCAGCUAUCGUUACGGCUGGUCCUUCGCUUUUGCUGCAAUCUCUUUCCUUCUGACAGAGAGUGCUGGCGUGAUGUCUGUCUACCUGUUUAUGAAACGCUACACAGCCGAAGAGAUGUACCAGCCUCAUCGCCCUGGUUUCUACCGGCCACGACUCAGUAACGGUUCUGACCACUCCAGUCAGUUUCUGCACCCUGAGGCCUGGGCUCGUGGACGCAGCCCCUCCGACAUCUCCAGCGAAGCCUCCUUCCAGAUGAGUGCCAGCUACCCCACUCUGCUCCAGUGUCCUGACUACGACCAAGUCUCCUCCUCGCCCUGCUGAGGGGGUCAUCAGGUCAGGGGAGGUUGUCAGGGGUCAAUGAUCUGAUCCCGUGGGCAACAUUCUUGGUAUGGAUAGAGCCUCCCUUGUAAAAUUUAUUUUGGAGAUUAAAGGCCUCAUGAAUGGAGCUUUACCUGUGUACCUAUUUAUUUGUUGUUUGCUCCCGUUGUAAUGUUGUGUCCCGGACAAUGUUUUUCUACUACAACCAACGAUUGCUCAAUGCAGUAGAUGCUACUGUGCCACACCUUACCUGCAGAUGGCAGUAAAGUGCUGGUGUAUUCACUAUAUUCAAAUGUCCUCUAAUCAGGAUACUUCACUGGAUGAUCUUCACUGGAACUAUUUCACUGGUCUCUAUUUACAAGUGUUUGAAAUUGUUUGUUAAAUGUGUAUGUGUAUAUGUAAACCAUUUGUAUAUUUUAUAUUUUGAGUGUGUAUAUGUGUCCUUGCCUGGCUCAUGGACCUGCCAAUAAAGGGGUUAUUUAUGUCAUGUUUUACAGAAUCUACCCCCAAAUUAAAUUUAAUAUUUAAGUAUCCAAAUGAAUAACAUGAAAAGUCAAUGGUAUUUGCAAUUAGAGACAGAUUAUUUUACUUGCAUCAUUAUAACUGUUGUAUAUUGGAUGAAUAAAGCAAACUAUUGUAAAUUAGUGCUUUGGCUUGUAAAUGCAUUGUUUCUGUGUCAUAGGAGCAGCU